AUUUGCUGUCUUCCUCUUAUAAAUACGUUUUCUCAGGGUUUCUAGAGCGUCAAGUUUUGUCUCAUCCUGCUGAUAAUAAACCCUUCGCUUGUUACUCGACGUUCAAGUUUCCAAAAUGCCUCGACGCAGCUCCGGUGGUGAUUAUCGCCCUCGCCCUGCACCAGCACGUGCACACAGCCCGCCUCCUCCUCAAACUGUGAAACAAGCUCCUCCUCCAGCAACAGCUCAGCCUCAGCGUAGUGGUAUUGUGUCUACCAUUGCUGAUGGUAUGACUUGGGGUGCUGGGAAUGCAAUUGGACAUAGGGUUGUGGAUGCUAUCGUGGGACCAAGAACCAUUAAGCAUGAAACCGUUGUUUCUGAGGCUGCCCCUGCUUCUGCUGCUGCUUCCCCUGUUGCCAACAGCAUGGGCUCUGCUUCUUGUGACACUCAGUCCAAGGCUUUCCAGGAAUGUGUCAACAACUAUGGAAGCGACAUCAGCAAGUGCCAGUUCUACAUGGACAUGCUCACGGAAUGCAAGAAGAACUCUGGUUCCAUGAUGGCUGCUUAAAUGACUCUAUUAUUGUUAUCUGCAAUAAAAUAAAAAACGCUUUAAUUUGUGAAGAGGAGUUUGUUUUCUCUGGUGUUAGUAGUUUUUCUUAUUUUGUAAGAUUUGGGAAUCUCCUAAUGUUGACGAAACCUUUCUCUAUGGAAUAGUAAUCACAUUUCUCUA